CAGCGACCGGGUGGUGACUUUAUGGUGACAAAUGGAGACCUUUAAUCAUAAACUGAACACUUACUUAGAGUCAUGGAUGGGUCCCAGAGAUCAGCGGGUGCAAGGAUGGCUGCUGCUCGACAACUACCCACCAACCUUUGCCCUCACAGUCAUGUACCUCCUGAUCGUGUGGAUGGGGCCCAAGUACAUGAAGCACAGGCAGCCAUACUCCAGCAGAGGCCUCCUGGUGCUCUACAAUCUGGGCCUCACACUCUUGUCCUUCUACAUGUUCUACGAGCUUGUUACGGCCGUUUGGCAUGGGGGCUACAACUUCUACUGCCAGGACACUCACAGUGCACAGGAAGUGGAUAAUAAGAUCAUCAAGGUCCUGUGGUGGUACUACUUCUCCAAGCUCAUCGAGUUCACGGACACCUUUUUCUUUAUUCUACGGAAGAAUAACCACCAGAUCACGUUCCUUCACAUCUACCACCAUGCUAGCAUGCUGAAUAUCUGGUGGUUCGUAAUGAACUGGGUACCCUGCGGCCAUUCAUACUUUGGUGCCUCCCUAAACAGCUUUGUCCACGUUGUGAUGUAUUCUUAUUACGGUCUGUCAGCCAUACCAGCCAUGCGGCCAUACCUUUGGUGGAAGAAGUACAUCACAAAGUUACAGCUGAUCCAGUUCUUUUUAACCAUGUCCCAGACGAUGUGUGCGGUCAUAUGGCCAUGUGGCUUCCCCAAGGGAUGGCUGUACUUCCAAAUAAGUUACAUGGUUGUGCUCAUUGUCCUUUUCUCAAACUUCUACAUACAGACGUACAAGAAGCACAGUGGUUCUCUAAAGAAGGAGCAUCAGAACGGCUCUCUUCUAUCGACCAAUGGACAUGUAAAUGGCACGCCAUCUACGAAGACCACUGAACACAACAAACUGAGGGUGGAUUGACAUUUGAGAAACCGCCACCUAAUUAUCACUUUAGCGUGUUAGCUUAUGCUGCUAGGAGGUAUCUUCUUAUCUAGAAUAGUUUAGCACUCAGUCGAGAUGAAAUACGCCAUAGCCAUAUAUAUCCACCGACUUUCCACUUGUUUGCACACGUUCCUACUCAUGUUAUUGAAUUAUUAAAUGUAUACAGAAAAGUAUUGUAGUAUGGUUGCACAAUAUUGCCUCCCCUACCCUAGAGGAUAUAUUCACUUGAAAGCAAAACAAAUCCCUUUCUUGCUACCAGCAUUCAAACACACAUUCAUUUGCACACAAGAGGUCCAAAGAUGAAGGCUGGAGAGAGUCUGUUGGUAGCUGAAAGUUUCAUCACACUUGAUGACGUCUCUGUUUCAGCAACCCUUAAUGUGUAACUACAGCAUUGUGUGUCUGCUUUAUCUCACUAUCUGUACUGUUGCAUAAUCCUAAAUUAUUCCCAUUCUAACACCUAAAUGCAUUUUGAUUGACUGGUUGUAACAGCAUACUUUCCCUUGUAUAUUUGCAGAGCAGGUUCUCGAAUUCCGAAUAUUUGCCAUUUAACUAAAGCAUAUCCAAAGCAUAGUGUACAUAGUGUAUUUGCUAAAGUUUGUAUUUAAACUAGUUCAACACACAAUGAGGACAGUUGUUGGGUUAAAUGAGCACAAUAACACUAUAUUUUCCUUAUCUUUCCCUAUGUUAUAAAAUGAUAACACUGGGCUCUAAAAUCUACUGUAGCUUUAUCCCAUAAAUUCAAUUAGAACUUUAAUUAAUUGACAUUUAUUACAUUUAAUUGAAUAAAGAAAUGCCCAUUAGGUCUACGGUGCAGCUAUUCAUUGGUAACUAUUUAGAAUAAUUGUUUCGUUGUAUAAUGUAUUGUUUUGAGUCUUUACAUAAAUAGGGUGCCUUCUGGACCAGUCGAUUUGGUUUUCAAUGUGAUAUUUUUCAUCUUUUUAAAAUGCUAUUACCAGAUUCAUGUUGGUCCAUUUCAGACUUCCAGUUAAAAUCCUGUGCCUGACUAUUUAUGUCUCGUUUUUGAAAAUAUCAUUCCUAUUCCUAUAGCAAUUGACACAUACGUAAUGCAACACUGAUGUUUAUCCUAUGUUAAAGGCAAGGGAGAGGUACUUUUUCUUAUGAUUUCUUUCUGAGAGUUAGAUGAGAUCAAUAUUCCCACUGUAUAAGUUAAACUGCAGCUGAUAACCUUAGCCUAACAUAAAGACUGGAAACGGGAUACAGCGGUAACAAAAGAGCCAGGUACGCUGUUCACGUUUUCCAAUCUGUAUGCUAAGCUAGCCUGCUGUAUGUAGCCUUGUACAGUAUUUAGAGUACAGAUGAAAGAAUGGUAUCAAUCUUUCCAUCUAGCCGUUGGCAAGAAAGUAAAACAAAAUGUCAAAUUAUUUCUUAAACAAAUUCCAAAAACUGUUCCUCAUUUUACAAUUUUAACAUGUUUUUAAAAAAUGCAAAGAAAAAGUAAUUAUAUGAGAAUUAUUUGUUUAGUUUUUUGAGUGGAUAAAGAAGGUUGUAAUGAUUUAACUAUGAUUUCCUAUGUGUUCCUUUUGUUUAUGUUAUUUUAUCUUUACCCAAACUAUUGCCAGGGUAAACAAAGUAAAUGCUGGUAUUGAAAACAAAGGUACAAUGUGCGCAUUAUAAACUGUAAAUCUAAAGCCCUCGCUGUGGAGCACUGCUGCGGUGCUCUACCAUGCUGAAUCAAUUUAAUGAGUUUCUGUAUGGCCUUAACCACUGAAUGCUCAUCACAUGAUGCUCAAAUGUAUAGGUGACCUAGAUUCAGGUCUACUGCAUCAGUAAUUAUUGUUACAUUCUGAAUUAAUGGCCACAUUGUAUCUGCUUCAGGAAUUUGGUCAGGAAGAUCUGCUAUAACAGACAACCUGUUCAUACAUUAGCAAUAUCUAGAUAAUCUGGAUACCUGGAUAAGCAUCAAAUUACACCGUAGUUAAUUAAGGCCAAAGAAGCAUACACAUAGGUAAUGACAUAAAAUAUACAUUUUAUAGACUGUUAAAAUAGAUAUAUAUAUUUUCUGAA